AUGUUCUGGCGUUUCGGGGGAUAUGCAAGUAUCUCCACUAUCGACUCCCUUCUGGACAAGCCCGAUGUCGCCCUCGAAGAGCUGCUAGAUGAGUCCGAGGUGAUACAGGAGCUGAAACAACUGAAUACGAAACUGAUAGACUAUUUACGCGAGGAGGAUGUCCUGAAGAAAUUGAUGGAUUAUGUGAUUGCUCCAAGCAUUAUAACCGAUGACGACGACGACGAAGAUGACGACAACGAUGAAGAGCAUGCCCUUAAUGACGGAAAGAAGCGAACGACCGAAGAUGAUUCUGAUCACAAGGAGAAGACGGGCGACCCCCUCAAGGGGCUUUUGGAUCCGGAGGAUCUUGAACGGGCGGAGAAAGACCGUCUCAAGCGAGCUUACGUUGCCUGUGAGAUUCUUUCAUCCGAAGUCUGGUCAAUUCUAGAUUCCAUCAUGCUCAACCCUGACUAUCUGCGGGAAUUCUGGGGUUUUAUUCGUCGGCCCGCGCCGCUGGAUUCUGUUCAGGCGAGCUACUUCACCAAGGUUAAUGAGACCCUAUUGGAUAAGAAGACUAGUGAGAUGCUCCGGCUGUUGAAAUCUAUGGACGCCAUCGUCCCUGCAAUUCUCCAGCAUGUUGAUAACCCUAUGGUUAUGGAUCUUUUGUUGAAGUUGAUUAGCCUGGAAAGGGCUGAAGACGGCCAGGGAAUUGUUGAUUGGUUGAAAUCGCAGGGCCUAAUACCUAGGCUUCUUUCUUUCCUAUCAACACAGUAUCCCCCGUCCGUCCAAACUUCGGCAGGAGACUUUCUGAAAGCUAUUAUAACUAUCUCUGCAAAUGCAACGCAAAACGAUCAAUCCUGUAUUGGUCCAAAUAGCUUGACUCGCCAACUGGUUUCUCCCCCUUGUGUAGAAACUCUGGUUAAGGCGAUGCUCCAAGGUGGGAACCCCUUGACGGUCGGUGUCGGCAUUGUGAUUGAAGUUAUUCGAAAAAACAACUCCGAUUAUGAUCCGGAGCACCUGAAUAGCCCGGAUUCGAUUCCAUCGACCUAUGACCCUAUCUACCUCGGUCAUCUACUCCGGAUUUUCGCCAAACAUAUACCCGACUUCAUGGCAUUAAUCAAGAGCUCUAAACAUACCGUCAAUGAGGGAGGCAAAGUAAAGAGCGUGGAGCGAGGCCAGCUCAGCUCGGCCUGGGGCGCUAAAAUUGAACCUUUGGGUUUCGACCGCUUCAAAACGUGCGAAUUAAUGGCUGAGUUGCUUCACUGCAGUAAUAUGGGUCUUCUAAACGAGCCCGGAAGCGAUGAGUACGUGAAACAGCGUGAUGCUGAGCGCGAGGCCGCUCUCCGAGCGGGUGCGGUAGGCCUGCAUGGAGACGGAACGUCUACUUUUGAUGGCAAUGACUCUACCGCUGAUUUCGUAAACGGCUCUGUUAUUGGCUACGGCUCGCCCGAGGACUCUAGGGUUCUGGAAGUUGCGAAUGCUGGUGACGAGGGAUUUGAGGAUGUAAGCUCCUCGGGUGUUCUUGUUGACAGGGAGAAGGAGGCCAGCGCUCAGGAGCCCCAGAAAGAGUCUUUACCGCAAUCGGCUGAGAAGAUAUCUCUCCCUGCAUCUGAGGAGGCAUCGAUGGGAGUUAACGACUCGGAGACCUCGGAAACGCAUACCCCCCCCACUGAUCCUCUGUCACCCACUACAACAGGACUCGCUGCUGAAAUUGGCGAUCUUUCGCUAGACAGUAAUCUUAUUACACCGGCGCCUCCUGAUGUUUCCCCUGCUAGUGGUACUACCUCGGGAACAUCGGAGCAAGAUUCAGUCUCACCUCCGAUGUCCUCGAAUCCUGAUGCUGUUCCUGCUCCCCUAUUCUCUGCAAAGUCGUCGAAUGUGGAAGCGGGCUCUUCGGUGGCUGUUCCUGCUCCCCAGGAUGUUAAUGCUUCGGGCUCGGGGGAAACUGGUCCACAAGAAACAGCCGCACCCGAAACCAAUGAAAAUACACAGCAACAUCAGCAUCCGGAUGUUCAGAUGGAUCCAAACGGACAACCCGUUGUUGGUGAUUACCUGAAAAUCAUGUUUGUGGAGAACCGAGUGGUGCCAACUAUUCUGGACUUCUUCUUCCGAUUCCCAUGGAACAAUUUCCUCCACAACGUUGUCUACGAUGUUAUCCAGCAGGUUUUCAAUGGCCCCAUGGAUCGUGGAUACAACAGAGUCUUGGCCGUGGAUGUUUUUGAAACCGGCAGGAUAACGCAAGCAAUUUUCGAGGGUCAAAAGCGGAGUGAUGAAACGCAGCGAACUAAGCAGAUCAGACUCGGGUACAUGGGACAUUUAACACUCAUUGCGGAGGAAGUCGUCAAGUUCAGCGAACGCCAUCCCCCAGAAUUGCUGUCCCCUGCGGUGAUGGACUACGUACUCAAUCCCGACUGGAUCGAUUAUGUGGAACAAACACUUUCGGAAACUAGAGAGCGCGACAAUGCAAUCCUUGGCGGAGUCCGGCCCGACAUCUCCAUUGGACAUCGCCAGGGUAUGUUGAACAAUGGCCAGGGAAUGAACUCUUCUUCUGCUCUAGCAGAGGCCGGAUUGAAUGGCUUAGCUAGCGGAUCCCACUUCCAGGGCUUUGACAUGAUGAACCAGGGCAGUGUUUCGGGUGGGGCUUUUGGCCUUGCUGCUGGAAACAGUUCCCUGCUUAGCGGAUUUGCAAGUUCUAGUGAUGACGACGAAGACGAAGAAAUGGAAGACCACGAUGAUCGGCAGAUGAUCGAGCAGUCUACGGAAGAUGGCUCCGACAAUACCUCCUCGAACUCUACAAGUCAGCCUAUUCCAAUCCUGCCUCCACCGCCAGCUCCCCUAAGUCUUGGACCCUCUCGGGCGCGACGACAGCUCGCUGCACGGCUUGCCCUUCAGAAACAGCAGGCAGCUGAAAAUCCUGAAGGCGACGAGGAGAGAGACUCAACCGAUGUGCAUGGCAAUAACGAGUUCCAGUGGCCCACUAAUUCGUUUGUGAUUGCGGGUUUUAACGAAGACAGUGACCGAGACCACUCGUCAGACUUCCCAUCCUUACAUAAUGACCAGCCGUUCGCAUCACCCACCUUCCCUGAUUCCGGACGCAAAGAGCGUGUUCCCUUGGAGGUCGAUGACGACGAGGACGAUAUGGGAGAGAUGGUUGGCCCAUCAUUUGGUUCUGACAUGAUGGACUCCGAUGAAGAAGACGAAGCUGUUCUCAAUGAAUCCUUAGGCUACCCCGAGCUUGGAUCCGGGCAGUAUAAGAGCUUCCGAGGAUCUCGAAUGGGGCACUCUCCCUUCGGGAACGACGAGCAAAGUGACAGCAGUGAUGGCGAGGAUGAUGGACUAGUCGAGAUCUUAGUUCCUGGCAGGAGGUCUUCCGGAUUAUAA